GAAGUUGAAUCCAAAGCCUGAGAUUCUGAAAUUGAAUUUAAUAAAAUAUUACUACCCAUUACUUUGAUUCAUGAAAUAAUGACAAAACAGUGACCACAUCCUUCUUUGCUUGUAUAAAAGUACCGUAACUUUCAACGACCUUUGCUGAGGUUCCCUCUUACGUGCCUACGAAACUCCGAACCUCUCAAGAAACUCUCUGUUUUUCUUUCCUCUCUCUGUGUCUUGGGAAAGACUAUGGAGGAAGAGGCAGAGAUUGAUCGGUUACCGAUAGACCUGUUGGCUCAUAUAUUGGUGAUGAUCACUUCUUUCACGGAUUUAGCCCAGGCAAGUGGGGUUUGUAGGAAAUGGAAACAAGGGGUGAAACAGGCCCUGGCUAGAAGAAAGACGCUGAGUUUUGCUGGUUGUAAGAUGGAUGAUGACUCCACUGCUCGUCUCGUGCGUCAUGCCUAUAGCCUCAAAGAACUCGACAUUUCAAGGAGCCGCUGGGGUUGCCAAAUUACUGACAAUGGACUGUACAAAAUAUCUCUGGCAAAGUGUGUCAGCAAUUUAACAUCUAUUUCCCUUUGGGGUAUGACAGGGAUCACUGACAAAGGUGUUGUUCAAUUGAUAACAAGUGCCAAUUCCUUGCAACACCUGAACGUUGGUGGUACAUUUAUCACUGAUGAAUCCUUGUCUGCCAUUGCAGAUAGCUGUCCACGUUUGAACAGCAUUGUCCUAUGGAGUUGCCGUCAUGUCACAGAAAAUGGGCUGAUUGUUCUUGUAAGUAAAUGCCGCAAACUAGAGUCCAUCAAUGUAUGGGGGACAAGAGUUCCUCUAGACUGCUUCAUUGGUUUGCUGACAAUCAGUCCAGCUCUUAAGAUAAAACCAUAAGGUUUGCCAUUAAACGUCGGAGGCGUGGUUGCCAUGUUACCUGUUGUAUAAAGGUGCUCGUUCUUGUGAUUGCUUUUCCAAAUGCUGGGUGUACAUAUCAUUCUUCUGGGUAUUUCAAUUAUUAUUAUAUGAAUUUGUUGAUUCAAAUAAAGUGAUGUCGCCUUCAAAGUCUUAUCAAUAUGAAAAGUCUUCGGGUGAA